AUGUGCCCACAGAACGACCACUGUGGCAAAACACCUGACUGCUGCAGCUACAUGGACGCUGAUCCAACGGCAACAUUCACCCUGGAGCACACGUACCAGGCUUAUCGAAACUGCUCCGGACGCACCAUCUGCUCACACAUACAGGCGCCGUGGCAGGUCGUCAACCCCACCACAGGGGCCCCGUCAUCGUAUGUACAGCUGGAAUAUGUGUGUGAUAACGUUGUUGACAAGAUGCCAAUGUGUGGAGGACCCUCCAAGAAAACGAACAAAGUCACUAACUCCACCGAUAUCUGGUUCGACGGAUCAACCGAGACCUUUGAUCCAACUAAAGCAAGCAAAGAGUGCAAAUGUUCGCUCACAAAUAUGCAUACACAGACUUUGACCACGCUCAAUCUGGACUUGAUAGACAUACGCCUGGAGAGCCACUACCGUGACGCCAACGCCUCCUCGGCAAUCCUAUCCUGA